AUGCCUUCUGCCAGCUUGCUCCUGAUGUGUGCAACAUUUCACCCUACUUCCAUAGAUCCAACUGGUUCAUUGUUUCACUGUACAAGGGAUCUGUUCAAGGCACUGCUGCUCAUCAGUCAUCAGCAACAGGUUGUCAUAGAUGAUGAUGGCAUUGUUGUGACAAACAGACCCUCAGCCUAUGAAACAGGUCUCCUGGCUGACCUGUCUGGCAAGACAGCUGAUUACCUGAAUGUUAGGUUGAAUUUGAAAUUUGAAAUAGCCAAGUGCAACUCUGAUCCAGCAUCAUCAGAAGGGUUAAGCGGUAAUGUAAUGGUGAUGUAUCAGGAACUGUUCCACAGCCAAUCUGCCAAGGAAAAUUAUCAUUCCAAUCAUCUUCAAAUGGCUAAAUUGAUGGCUUACCACUGGUCCAAUUUUGCUCCACUAUUUGACAUUACCCAUGAAUCAUGGCAAGUGUCGAAUUUGCAAGUUGUUUUGCAUUGCAGUGCGACAUCAGCCUGGGCCAUGCAGGACCAUGAGCAACUCAUCAAACAGGCAUACCUAUGGAAUUUGCAACCUUCUCAAUCAUUCAAAUAUAGAGGGAUCUCCAAAUUUGCACAACAAUGCAAGGAUAAGCAUGGCCCUUUGGUGCACCUGAUGAUCACUUUGGGCAGAAAUGCAGGUCUAGCUGCAGCAGUUGUAGUGCAUGUUUUGAGAGUGAAAUGCAGCAUUCCUUCCCAUCAGUGCUCUCCAAAAGGAGGGCACAAAGAUGGUAACAACUGGAGAAUUCUACUCCCAAACACUCACUGUGCUCUGAGAUGCCAUGAAGAAAGAUGCAAAUGUCAUCUUAGUGUCCUAGUGCCUGCAUAUGAUUCACCUGUCAUCUGGGAUGGUUGUUCACCCAUGGCAACUGAGAUGCAGAGACAACUUUCCAAGCAGAUCCUGAACUGCUGCAUGCAUACCUCUGAUUCCUGCCUAAUCAAAGUGCCAGUUGUGGCACUUGAAACCACUGGCUUGAAUGGCUUUUACAAUGCCAUUGCCAUCAAUGCCUGGAACUUUACUUCUAAAGUCCCCAUCAUACCUUCCACUGAAGUGGAGGACAGUUCUCUGUAUACUGUUGAAUACCUUUGA